AUGGGCUGCCUGGACACUCGCUGUCCAAUCAUCGUCCUCCACAUGCGGCAGCGAGGCAGUAGUGAGGCUCCUGCAAUAAAACAAGACAGUGGAAACGCCAAAUUGCCUGCUGAGGAAGGAAAAUCUAUAUGGGAACUUGUCAUCGAGCAGUUUGAAGAUUUACUUGUGCGGAUUCUUCUAUUGGCAGCUUGUAUAUCUUUUGUAUUAGCCUGGUUCGAGGAGGGAGAUGAAACGAUCACCGCCUUUGUGGAGCCUUUUGUAAUCUUACUAAUUCUUAUAGCUAACGCCAUCGUAGGUGUUUGGCAGGAACGUAAUGCAGAAAAUGCCAUUGAAGCUCUUAAGGAGUACGAGCCAGAGAUGGGCAAGGUGUACCGUCAGGACAGGAAGACCGUCCAGAUGAUCAAAGCCAAAGAAAUUGUGCCUGGAGACAUUGUGGAGGUCGCUGUGGGCGACAAGGUCCCUGCCGAUAUCCGUAUCUGUGCUAUUAAGUCCACCACGCUCCGAGUGGACCAGUCUAUCCUGACAGGUGAGUCUGUGUCCGUCAUUAAGCACACCGACCCCGUGCCGGAUCCCCGUGCCGUCAAUCAGGACAAGAAAAACAUGUUGUUCUCAGUAAGAAAAUUGGACUUCAAAAUAAAUGACAACUAUUCCUUUAACAUUGUGUCUGUCUUUCAGAUGUUCGUCAUAGACAAGGCUGAGGGGGAGAACUGCUCGCUGACCGAAUUCACCAUCUCUGGCUCCACAUACGCUCCUGAAGGAGACGUAUUCCUUGAUAACCGAUUAGUGAAAUGCUCCCAGUAUGACGGGUUGGUGGAGCUGGCGACCAUCUGUGCCUUGUGUAAUGAUUCCUCCCUGGAUUAUAAUGAGUCUAAAGGUGUUUAUGAGAAGGUUGGAGAAGCCACGGAGACGGCUCUAACCUGCCUGGUGGAAAAGAUGAACGUUUUUGACACUGACGUCAGGAGCCUGUCGACGAUCGAGAGAGCCAACGCCUGCAACUCGGUGAUCAAGCAGCUGAUGAAGAAGGAGUUCACCCUGGAGUUCUCCAGAGACAGGAAGUCCAUGUCUGUGUACUGUUCCCCCAACAAGGCCAAAUCCUCUACUGCCAAGAUGUUUGUCAAGGGAGCUCCAGAGGGAGUGAUCGAGAGGUGCACUUACGUGCGUGUGGGUGGAUCCAGGGUUCCCUUGACUCAAGGCAUCAAGGAUAAGAUCUUGUCUGUGAUCAGAGAGUAUGGCACUGGCCGCGAUACCCUGCGCUGCCUGGCACUGGCCACCCGCGAUAGUCCGCUGAAGAAAGAGGAGAUGAUCCUGUCAGAAACGGCCCGCUUUGCAGAGUAUGAGUCGGAUCUGACCUUCGUGGGCUGCGUGGGCAUGCUGGAUCCUCCUCGUACAGAAGUGGCUGCUUCCAUCAAGCUCUGCCGCCACGCUGGCAUCCGGGUCAUCAUGAUCACCGGCGACAACAAAGGCACGGCUGUGGCCAUCUGCAGACGCAUCGGCAUCUUCUCAGAGGACGAUGACAUCAACAGCAUGGCCUUCACUGGCCGCGAAUUUGACGACCUUUCACCUCACGCCCAGCAAGAGGCCGUCAUGACUGCCCGCUGCUUCGCACGUGUCGAGCCUUCACACAAGUCCAAGAUUGUGGAGUUCCUGCAGGGCUUUGAUGAGAUCACAGCCAUGACAGGAGAUGGCGUGAACGAUGCCCCUGCCCUGAAGAAGGCAGAGAUUGGCAUCGCCAUGGGCUCUGGCACUGCCGUGGCCAAGACAGCCUCGGAGAUGGUCCUCGCUGAUGACAACUUUUCCACCAUUGUGGCUGCCGUUGAGGAAGGCAGAGCUAUCUACAACAACAUGAAGCAGUUCAUCCGCUACCUCAUCUCCUCCAACGUGGGCGAGGUCGUCUGUAUCUUCCUCACCGCUGCGUUGGGUUUCCCUGAGGCCCUGAUCCCCGUCCAGCUGCUGUGGGUGAACCUGGUGACUGACGGUUUGCCCGCCACCGCUCUGGGCUUCAACCCUCCUGACCUGGACAUCAUGAACAAGCCCCCCCGCAACGCCAAGGAGCCGCUCAUCUCUGGAUGGCUCUUUUUCAGAUACUUGGCCAUCGGCUGUUAUGUGGGUGCUGCGACUGUAGGAGCUGCAGCCUGGUGGUUCAUUGCUGCUGAUGACGGUCCAAUGGUCACAUUUUACCAGCUGAGUCAUUUCCUGCAGUGUUCUCCUGAUAAUCCUGACUUCCAGGACCUGGAGUGCAACUUGUUCGAGUCUCCCUACCCCAUGACCAUGGCCCUGUCUGUGCUGGUCACCAUCGAGAUGUGUAACGCCCUCAACAGUUUGUCAGAGAAUCAGUCUCUGCUGCGCAUGCCUCCCUGGGAGAACAUCUGGCUGCUGGGAGCUAUCUGCCUCUCCAUGUCUCUUCAUUUCCUCAUCCUCUACGUGGAUCCGCUGCCGGUCAUCUUCCAGAUCACCGCUCUGAAUGUGACCCAGUGGCUGAUGGUGCUGAAGAUCUCACUGCCUGUCAUCCUCAUGGACGAGCUGCUCAAAUUCAUCGCGAGGAACUACCUGGAGCCCGGUAAAGACCUGGACCGGGAACCCGACAAGAGAGUCUGGUCCCUCUCUGCAUGCACUGAGGGGGUCUCCUGGCCCUUCGUAGCUCUGACACUCCCUCUAGUGGUGUGGCUGUACGGCACAGACACUAACAUAACCCAGCAGCUCUGGUCCUCCUGACCCAUCCAAGCUAACACAUGACUCCAAAUAACCAGAGAAGAAACAUUAACAAGGAACAGCAGUCACCCGUUCACAUUUGCACAUGCAUUUCAGCCUUGUU